CGUUCUGCUUUUCAAUCUCCGAGCCAUAAAGAAGACAUGAAGAUCAUAACGUGGAACAUCAAUGGUAUUCGAGCAACGAAAUCCCCCCUGAAGAAAGUGAUAGAUGAUUUAGAUGCUGACAUCGUGUGCUUCCAAGAGACCAAAGUUACUCGUGACCAGUUGGAUGAGCCUACUGCAAUAGUUGAAGGUUACAGUUCUUAUUAUAGUUUCUCUAAAGUGAGAAGUGGAUAUUCAGGUGUGGCAACGUACUGCAAAACCCAUGCAACCCCAGUGAAGGCAGAGGAGGGUCUGACUGGUCUCUUAGCAACCACAGGGGAUGAUAGUGCUUUGAUUGGUUGCUAUGGUAACCAUGCUGAUUUCACUGAUGAAGAACUACAGAGUCUGGACAAUGAGGGGCGUGUUAUCAUCACCCAACAUAAAAUCAGGGCAGAAGAAAGCAAGGAAGAGCUACUGACUAUCAUCAAUGUGUAUGUCCCCCGUGCUGACCCAGAGAGGGAAGACAGACAGGUGUUCAAACAGAGGUUCUGUCAGCUUCUUCAGACUAGAGCCGAGGCUCUCGUCCACGCGGGCAGCCAUGUCAUCAUACUUGGAGAUCUGAACAUCUCUCACAGGCAGAUAGACCACUGUGAUCCUGUGGAGAAGGAGGAAUUUGAUGCCCGUCCAAGCCGCAAAUGGCUCAAUGCAUUCCUAAAGCCAAUAGGGACAGCAGCAGAACCAGCUCAGGAUGUGGAAGCAGACACAGACUCUAUUGUCACAGGGGGCAUAUUCGUUGACACGUUUCGUUAUUUCCGUCCCAAUGAAAAAAAUGCUUUCACAUGUUGGAACACCUCCACAGGAGCCAGACAGACCAACUACGGAACCAGGAUAGACUACAUUCUGGCCAGUGCUGACCUCUGUGAAGGGCUGGUCAGGGACUGUGUAAUCCGUCCAGAUAUAGAGGGAAGUGACCACUGCCCAGUUAAGGCAGAGUUGACCUGUGAUAUUGUACAGUCUGCAAAAUAUCCACCCAUUUGUACGAAAUUUAUGCCAGAAUUUUCAGGGAAGCAGCAAAAGCUGUCAGAAUUUUUCAGUAAGUCUGUUAAGGAGCCAAAGCAUACUUCAGUGGAGUUGGUUAAAUCAGAGGCCACCAUUUUCAAGGAGGAAUUUUGUGAAAAAGAUGAAUCUGUGACAGAUGCCCGUACCAUUACAGAGGUCAAACACAAAACAGAAACAAGACUCCUUUCCAAAAGAGCUGCACCUCUGUUAAUGAAGCAGACAUCCAAAAAGUCCAAAAUGCAUGAUAGGAAAGGCAAACAGUCUAGUUUAAUGAAUUUUUUUGUUUCAAAAACAAUUACUCCGGCCAAAGAAAAAGGUUCUCUUGACUCUGGGAUUGAAAACAGAACUUGCAUUGAAGAUGGGAUAUUUCUUUCCCAGAACAGCGACGGAGAGGGAACUUAUUCUUCACAAGAGAGCAAUGAGACCUCAUCAGUCACAUACAGUGAAUCGAUAUCACUACACUCCUCACAGGAAAGCAACGAAACUCCAUCAUCCCAGGAGACGAUCAACAAAAGCCAAAAUCUAAAAGACGCUUGGAAAACGAUGUUGAAAGGACCACCCAAACCGCCAUCUUGCAAGGGGCAUAAAGAGCCGUGUGUUCUGAGAACGGUUAAGAAAGAAGGCGUGAAUUUUGGCAGACAGUUCUGGUGUUGUGCCCGGCCCCAGGGACAUGCUUCUAACCCACUGGCAAGGUGUGAACACUUUGAAUGGCUGCCUAAGAAAAAGAAGGGCAGUUUAAAGUAGCAUGUGUGCAUAAAAUUUCAUUUAUCUCUUUUUUUGUAAAAGACAACAUAUUGAAACAGGAAUUAUGUGAAACAAUUAAAAAAUAUGCAAUUUAUUGUGCAGUGGGAUAUGAAAGUUUAUGCUAGAACUAUAAGACUUCACUGAAACUGACAUAAAAAUGCCUUUUUUAAAUAAAAGUGGCAAUUUUAUAUUAAUGUUUUUGGGAAAUUUGAAGAAAAAAUUCAAAAGAACAUUCAGGUAACAACAUAUGGGUAAAUUAUCCAGAAGAUAUUGAAGGAUUACACUCUUGAUCAAAACUGUUCUAUGCACAACUAAAACUUCAGGUUGUAAUUUUUUUAUUAAAUUAUUCAUAUCCUGUAAAAAGAAAGAAAGAAAAAAUACACUUGUCUCAAUAAUUUUUGUGUUGUUCUACCCGUCGCUAUAAUACCAUUUUUGGGCAAUGUACUAAGUAAGUUGAAUGAGGGAAGGUUUCUGCGUAUACAGAUAGUAUUGUAGUAUUGCCUCAGCUUUACACAGGAAUGUCUAUCAGUUCUGUAGGAACACAGGAAGAAAAAACACCAACAUUUGAACAUCUGAUACUGUUGUGUGUUUCUUUGGAGUGAGAAAACUGGUGCAGCUGACCCCUGAAUAUGGCUUUAAUAUCUGCAACCAGCUCCUAAAGGAAGUUUGCCUCAAUAUUGCUUGAUGGGGAGGUGUCUGGGUGCAACCUCUAUUCCAUAGCUAUUACCUGUU